GCCAGAACUGUCACACCCACCCAUCUGCUAUCCAUACUCCCAUCAUCCAUACUAUUUCCACAACUCCCCAACUUCUCAUUAUUCCCAAUAAUACCCCAGAGGAUCAACAAAGAAUAAAUACGAAAAAUGGUCUGCGCCAAAUGCCAAAAGAAACUCAAACAAACGGAGCUCGCCACUCCCGGCGUGAAACGCAAAGCAGAAAUGUACUAUGGCUCACCAUCCACAACGCUCGGUGGUAGUAGCAAUAGCAGUGGUGCUGCUUCUGCCGGAGGGAAAGCCAAGUCUAGUACGUUGGGGAGUACGGGGGUUGGGAAGAGCAAACUCCUCAGCUCUAAAGCUAAGAAUCCCUACGCGGCGUAUGCUUCCUCCUGUGAGGUUUGCAAAACCAAGACGGAGCAGGGGAGGAAGUAUUGUCAGCGUUGUGCGUAUCAGAAGAAUGCGUGUCCGAUGUGCGGGAAGGGGUUGACAGGGAAUGCGUCGAAGAAUCAGCCUGCGAUUUCGGGGCAGAAGUUUAAUUUGAAGUAAAGUCAUCAGUUAGCAGUCCUUUCGUUGAAGCUUCUAGAUACCUACUUAUGUCUAUUACUACUAUAACUGGGAAGAAAUCUGCAUGGCGUUCGGUUGGGGAUAGUCUUAGGAACAAG